AUGAAAUUCAUUGGCUUAGAUGUUUCUUUCUUCAUUCUCUCCUCCCUCACCGCUCUUUGGAAUGCAGGAGCUCAAGACUCUUGUGCACACCGAUGUGGGGAGUUGCUUGGUACCUGUUCUUGCCAGGUGACAUGCCAGUCCUUGGGGAUAUGCUGUCCUGAUUACACAGAAUUUUGUCUUCAAAUUUCUCCAUACUCAGGAUCUCUUAUGGGAGGCAAAGACUUUUUGAUUAGCAACACAACUCUUACGGCCUCUUCUGUGCUACAAUGCAGGUUCAAGCAGCAUAUCAUAACCAGUGGCUAUGUUGACAAGGAUGGAAAAGCCCACUGCAUCUCCCCAUUGCUUUAUGAGACCGGUUUCAUCCCUCUUGAAGUUUCUACAGAUGAUGGGUCAACUUUUCCCUAUUCUGGAACUUGGUUAUCAGUACAUCACAGCAAAGUUUCAGAUGAAGAAAAAUGCACAUUGGUAAAUGAGACAAAAUGGCAAUACUAUGGCACCCCCAACACUGGUGGGAACUUAACUCUUAACUGGACACACCAGACACUUGCAGCAGCAACCCACGUCAACAUAGAAGUCUGGGGAUACCAGGAAACAGGUGACAGUUAUUCACAAAACUGGAUGGCUGAAUGGAAAUACCUUUAUACUUUGGCAAGAGAAAUUCCCAAUACAGGGAAAUAUUCUUUCAUUCCUGUACCUGCAGAGGGAAAUUACAGUACAUGGCACUUUGGAAUUUUGAGAAUUAUACCCAGCAACUAUUUUGACGGGCAGAGCAACAUUCCAUCGAUCUGGAGCUCAGAACAUGCAUUGGCUUGGCACCUUGAGAAGGACUUCAGAAAUGACCCAAAUGCAUGGGCAACUGCAAAAUGUAUCGAAUGGGACAGAAAGGAAGAGUUGCUUCCAAACUUCUUGAAAGAAAUUAUAGACUGCCCUUGCACCUUGGCACAGGCAAGAGCUGACACUGGCAGGUUUCAUACAGAUUACGGCUGUGACAUUGAAAAGGGAAGUGUGUGUACUUACCAUCCUGGUGCUGUGCAUUGUGUAAGAGCCAUCCAAGCCAGUCCCCAGUAUGGGGCUGGACAGCAGUGCUGCUAUGACUCCACGGGAACCCAAAUCCUCACACACGACUCCACUGGAGGCAGCACACCUGAUCGAGGGCAUGACUGGGGCUCACCACCUUUCCUGAAGCCUCCCCGGAUACCUGGCUUUUCCCAUUGGCUUUAUGAUGUUAUCAGCUUCUAUUACUGCUGCCUGUGGUCUGAUAACUGUGACUUCUACAUGAAAAGGAGGCCCUCUAGUGACUGCAGGACGUACCGCCCGCCCCGAGCUGCAUCUGCUUUUGGCGAUCCUCAUUUCUUUACAUUUGAUGGUCUGAACUUCACCUUCAAUGGCCUAGGAGAAUACACACUGGUAGAGUCUGAUCUCACAUCCCUGACAGUGCAAGGGAGGACACAGCAGGCACGCUUUCCCAAUGGAACUGAGGCUCAGGGGACAAGCUUGUCUGCAGUGGCCAUGCAGGAGAACAACUCUGAUGUGAUUGAAGUGCGCUACUCUGAGGAUUUGAAUCUGGAGGUCCUCUUGAACCAGAGGGUUCUCAGCUUCUCUGAACAAACUUGGCUGGACUUGAAAGGUCUCUUUCUCUAUUCUACGCCUGAUCAGAACAUCACAGUGAUGUUCUCUUCUGGGUCUGGAGUGGAAAUAAGGGGAAGCGGAGGACUUCUGACCCUGACAGUUCUGCUCCCAGAGAAGUUUAUGAAUCACACAUGGGGUCUCUUUGGGGUAAUGAAUGACAAUCCAGAGGAUGACUACACCUUCAAGAACAAAACCACCUUGUCAGUUCAUGCAAGUCCCCAGCAGGUGUUUGGGUUUGGAGCUAGCUGGGCUGUUGAAAAUGGAAGUUCUCUCUUUACUUAUGACACGGAGUUCUUGCUGAACAGUUUCUUUUAUGGGGAGAAGCACAAUGCUUCCUUUCUGCCUGUGUUCUCCCCUUAUGAAGACCCUGCUGACCCCCUGGUAGAAGAGAUGGUCUCACGCUGUGGCUCUGACCCAUUCUGCAGAUUCGAUGUCCUGACAACAAGAAACCUUCAAGUGGGAAGUUCCACAAGACUUUCCCAUCAGAAUCACAAGCAGAUGGUGGAACAUCUAGAGCCAGUGGUCUCUUGUGGCUGGCUGGAUCAUCCAACCAAUGGAAGAAAGAAUGAUACUAAGUACCUGCAGGGCUCAACCAUCAAUUUCACCUGCAAUGAGGGCUAUGAACUCAAGGGGUCACAGGAAAGAACUUGCCAAAUCUCAGGGACCUGGUCAGGAGAGACACCCCAGUGCAGCCCAGUAACAGCUAUCAAACAAGUAAUUGUUAUUGGCAGUGUAUUUGGAAUAGUCGGUUUUGUAGUCCUGGUACGUCUGGGUUAUUUAUGCAGAAAGCAGAGAAAGGCACGGUUUUUUAACGCUGCUCCUUCUCUUUCUCUUGCCUGCUGUGUUUGUGUGGGUCGCGCUCUAGAGGCGUGGGUGUCCCCUCACGUGCCCGCUCGCCAACGUCCCCGGUCCCUGAGCUCGUGUGGCUGGCUGUGCUCCUGUCUGUGUUCCUCUUUGUGUCCCUGUCCCUGUGUCCCUGUCCCUGCCACCCGGCGCCGGGACAGCGGCCCCCGCCCGGCCUCAGCUCCGCCCGCCUCAGGACGCGGCCUAGGAGCACACGGGGGGUUCUUCAGCCGCGCUGCUUUCUGCCCGCGCUCCCUCGGCGCGGCUCCGCUGCCCGCUCACUUCUGUGGGGCGGGUGGUGCCUCUUCACUUGGAGAACGACGCCCUAAAUCGCAGCGUGCGGCGCUGGCCCCUCGCCGCCCGCGGAGCCGCUCGUGCCAGCGGUCCCUCAGAAAGUCUGCGGCGUUCUGUCCCUGCACCGUGUCCGUCCGUGCCUCGGGGCUCCAGGAGAGGAGAGCCGGGCUGCACCUGCGCUGUGCCGUCGGCUCCGACACCCCCAGGGGCAGCCCCGCGGGCGGAGGGCGUGCGCGGGGCAGGGACCGGCCGCGCCAGGCCGCGGGGCUGACGGGCUCCUGGCCGACCUCUUCCGCGGGACACUGGCUACGAGGGGAGUGA